AUGCUGGUUCGUGCUUAUUCCACUCAACGACCAUUAUUGCUGGACAUUUUGCCCCAGCGCAAGCUCAUCAAGCGUCUGCUUUUUGACUUUGACGCUAGAAUGAACCUACGAAAGUACAUGCCAGUGAUACAAGACAUUUACGAUAACGUUGGAAAGGAUAAACUAUCAUUCCCAAAGAAGGUGCAAGGAUCAGAUCUUCUUCUGUUUCAGAAAAUUCUGGCGGAAAUAAGAACUCAGACCCACACAUCAAAUCAGCACCUUGUUGAAUUGGAGGAUGAACUUAUAGAGAGAGCUGCGGAGCUUGGGAGUAGGGAUGCAUUGACAAUUAUUUCUUUUAGAGCUUUACGAGAUCAAAAAGGAGAAUACACUGAUGAGGACAAGGUUCAGGCGAAAAAGUUCAUAGAAGAGCUGAGAAAUCUUGAGCAUCCUCUCGUUUACAAGAUGGGUGGAGACUAUGAUUAUGACCAGGGCAGAUAUCAAGAAGCUGUGAAUCAGUACUGGAAAUUUAUAAAACUCGAUGCUAAUUCGUUCCUGUCCGCAGAAGUUUACAAAACGAUGGGCAUGAUCCAUUUCCAGCAAAAUCAGCUUCUUCGUGCCAAGAUUUUCUUUGAAAAGUCCAUCAAGCUAGCUCCAAUGUCUAAAGUAGCACAGUCUCACUACAUGCUGGGUCUGAUAUACGAAAUUGAUCCUCUACGUUCUCGCUACCACCUCGAAAUGGCAGCUACGCAGGGUUUCAAGGAAAGCUUCAAGACGCUUGGUUUCUUGGAGCUGAACUACUUCAAAAACCUCUACAAGGCCAAAAAGUGGUUUCAAAUGGGAGCAGAGCUAGUCGUUGGAACAAUUAAUAAAGCAUGA